GAAAGUCUUCGGCGACUGUCUCGCCUCUGAUUGGUCCGGCGUGGCGUCACAGUGUUGCUUAUGCCAUUUCUGUAAUUGACGUUUUAUUUCAUGAAGGACUUCGGGGGAAGUCCGUGCAGCGAGAGAUCGGGGCAACUUCCAUCCUUUUAUUCAUAGCGGGAAACUCGCAGCAACCAAACUUUGAGCUGGAGGAUGGUUCCGAAUGGAUUAUCAUGAGCCGAUGGUGGCAGCGGUUUAAUUUCAUCCCUGGACCGACAGCUGAAAGCGCCCACGUUGGGGCCUCAGGAAGGAUUGAUAGAUUCGCAGAUCAAGGCGCGUUAAUGCCGAAUUCUCACUAGGGAAAGCGAGGCAUUUUUUUCCUCUGCUGGUGGAGAGAAGGUGGCUGAUGUACCAGAUUCUUCUGAUGGGCGCGUCCUGGUCGUUCGCAGUGGUUUAAUUGUGACUCUGGAAUUGUAAACUUGUCUCUCAAACUACCGUUGGCUCUUUCGGUGUUUAACAAGCGGCCAGUCCGAGUGCAGCCACACCCUCCCUGUGCUUCCUGAUAGGAGAUGCAGACUCCUGGGUAACUUUGUCAUUCCAACACAACAGGACCCACUGGAAUUAGAGUGCUGGUGCUUGAUUUUUAUUUUUGCAACUGACAGUAACUUGAGUUAUUUUUAAAAAGCAAUCCUUUUCCCCACUAAACGCUGAAUGAUCGGAAGAGGAAAAGCUCAAGAUAAAAAGGAACAGGUUUUGUGUUGCGGGAGUUUAAUUCUCCCAGAAGUGUGGAUCAGUAGCGGAUAAGCCCAGCAAGAAGUGAAAAGUGAAGCGAUGGACUGUGUGAAAGGUUACUUUUAACCCCUUCCGUUUCGAUCUAUACAAUUAAAGACCGCGAAGAGGAUUCCCGACGUGAGAUACAGUAUCCGACAGCAAAGGAUCAUCAUGUACAGAGCCAGGAGAUUGUGGGCUCUCAGACGGAGAACAUGCGCGUCUAGCUGUGCGGACGAGAGGAAUUGAAGGGUCCGUCCGAUACUUGUUUACAAAGCAUCCCGGUUUUCCUCAACUCCUGGAGGGAGGAAGAAAGGCUUCUGUUGUACUUCUGUUGUUAUUUUUCCCCCUUCCUGCUCCAUUGAUGGAACGAUGAUGCGGGCAGAGAGGGAUACUGGGCUGAAUCGGAACUGCGCUGGUCACACAAGCGGCAUGCAAGGGGCCGCUCGGCACCAUGGCUAACAGCGGCUCGGCCAAGUCGACGAGCAGCAGCGGCAUCAGCUCCCAGCAGAGGAGGAGACUCGUCUUCAUAUGCGACAUGUGCAAGAGCAAGAUGCAACUGGUGGCCGACCUGCUCCUGCUGUCCAGCGACAACCGGCCGGUCAACACGGACAGCCUUUCGCCGGCCUCGGUGGAGUCCUUCGACAAGAGCCGGGACGCCGUCAUCGCCCGCACCAAGGGUCUCUCCAUCCUCACCCACGACGUGCAGAGCCAGCUCAACAUGGGCAAGUACGCCGAGGUGGGCGACAGCCUGGCCGAGAUGUGCGAGUUGGUGGUGGCGCUGGUCGAGUCGUCGGCCCACGCCGCCUACCUGGCGGCGGCCGAGGCGCCCGGCUCGCAGGCGGCCGUGGCCGGCCUGGUGGAUCGCUACCGGAUGAGCCGGGCCCGCCACGAAGUGGAGCACAGCUGCAGCCUGCUGCGCACGGCGCCCGUCUCCGAGCUGAGCCCGCAGCUGCUGCUCGAGCUCUCCCGCAACAUCUCCCGAGGCCUCAAGAGCCUGACGGACGCCUGCGUGCUGGCCUCGGAGAGCAGCCGCGACCGCUUCGCCAAGGAGCAGUUCAAGCUCAGCGUCAAGUGCAUGAGCUCCAGCGCCACGGCGCUGCUGGCCUGCGUGCGGGAGCUCAAGUCGCGGCCUUGCGAGGCCACCCGCGCCCGCUGCGUGCUCUUCGGCGGGCCGCUGGUGCAGUCCGUCCACGCCCUGGUGGGCUUCGCCACCGAGCCGCAGUUCCUGGGCAAGGCGGCCUCCGUCAGCCCCGAGGGCCGCGCCGUCCAGACGGCCGUGCUGGGCGGCGCCAUGAGCGUGGUGUCGGCCUGCGUGCUGCUCACCCAGUGCCUCCGCGACAUCGCGCUCCAUUCGGACAGCAGCAAGGCGCCCGACUACCGGCAGCGCCUCCAGAACUCCGCCCUGGCCGUGUCGGACGGCUGCAACCUGCUGUCGCAGGCGCUGCGGGACAGGACCUCGCCCAGGACUUUACCGUCACUCAAUUGCCAUUCUGUGAAUUAACCUCCCUCCUCCCCGUCCUGAUUAACACGAGAGACGUUGUUCCCUCCUAAUGCCAAAGAAUCCUCGGGCACUGGUGUGUUGUGUGUGUGUCUGAGGGGCGGAGGUGGGUGGGGGGGAAAUUGAAAGCCCCCCUCCCCUCCAGUUCACAGAGACUGAUGCAGAGCGAGAGCGGCCACUCAGCCCAUUGUGCCUGUGACAGCUCUUUGAAAGAGCUCUCCAGUUCAUCCCACUGCCCUCGCCGACAGAACAGGGACCGACAAGUGUUCUAAGUUUAGAAGUUUUAAGUAAUUAGGACAGACAAAACAAAGAAUUACAAAAGGCUUAAUCGUGCUGGGUGCGGUUCAAAGUCAGUGUCUUCCGGUUAUCCCACCAUCAUUAUAAGACUCAUGAUAAAUCAUAUCAACUCAAUGGCCAUUAUGGUUGAGAAGGGUUUUUACCUCAAUUUACAAUAAAUACACACACACACACACACACACACACAUUGACAGCGGGAUGGAAUGUAGCUCCUUUGGGUAUGUGUGUUCUGUGGAAUCAAGUGGUAAGAGAGAAGUGAAUCUGGUGUUAGUGAAAGGGAGUGUGCAUUUGUGAUCGUGAUCUUUUCACGUCUCGAUUCUAAAAGUUGGGAUAAAGCUGCUGUGAGUGUUUUUUUCAGUUUUACACUAUUUGCCAGACGUGGAAGUCUGUGUCAAGUUUUCUUGCAUGUACUGGAGUAUUUAUUUCAACAUUAAAAUUGUUAUGUUUCUCAUGAGCCUUUUGUUUUGUUAAAAGAGCUUAGUGAGAGUUUUCUGUUCUAUUGUGUAAGUUCCAUUAUAUUUUGGGGAAAAUAUUGUGAAGUAAAUAUCAGCAGGUGCAAAGAACUCAUGAAUAGAUGCUGUUGUGGGUGCCUCACCAGAGUCUAUAAGAGCAUGUUGUAUUCCAGAUAUGUACAAAUAUUAUCUAUGGCAUAACCCAUCCUUUGAUCAUAACUGGCAAGGUGGAGGGCGUGUUUCUUAAUACUGUGCUGUAUUUAACAAUUUAAUUGGUUUUUGCAAACAGCCACACCAAAAUCUAAAGGACUGGAGUGUUUAUAUAAACAAUAUUCUUUAACUUUCUUUUGCUGUAGUGUCACUGGUUUUGUGGAAGGCAUCUUAGCGAAGUUUAGACUACCUCACCUGAAGUGUAGGUCAAAGCACAGUUCUCUAUGAUGUCUCCCACAUGCAGUUUAAAUCACUGAGAGAGUUAACUCAUUGAUAUCGCUUUAUUCUAACAGAAGGUGUAAGUGUCACUGUUGAGACUGGCAGUUGUGGACCAUUCCUAAUUUCCUACGGGCGAGCUUCCUUUUUGCUUGUCUAUAGUGCGAUGAAAGGUUUGCUGGGCUAAUUCGAGAGAGCAGUUAGCAAUCAUGGAUGUGAGGCUGAGAUGUGUAAAGUCUGGGUAAUAACCUGUCCUUUAGGGAAGGACAACACAUAGAUAAUGCCACAAUCACCUAAUGAAGAUUAGGCUUUUAUUUCCAGAAUUUGAAAAACUGAAUUGAAAUCUGACAUUACCGAGUGAGCAUGGAAUGCACACCCAAGCUCAGCCACCUCUGCUGAAUCGCACUCCUUUCCCACUGCUAGACUUCACUCUCCAAAGGCUCCCUUUCCCUCUGUAAAACUCUCCUGUCUGUGUUGUGCCCUGUGCUUAGCGAGCUGCAUUCUAUUCUGGUUCUUUCCAAAGCCCUGCUUUUCCCCACACUCUGCACCUUCCAAUUUUGAUUUCGUGAAAAUCCUGGAAUUUAACCUAACUUUUAGAAUUUUCUUUCCUAAACCUCUGAGCUUUCCAAUGUCCAUUUAAUUGUUUGUGGCUUUCCUGGGGGGGUGGGGAAGAUCUGCCCCUGAUCAAACUGUGGUUUCUCUGGGUGUGAAAUCAGGCUCCUCAGCCCAUUAUUUUGGUUACCAAUUAUUCAUCCACACUGAUCCUACACCAAUUUUAAUUUUCUUCUUGCCUAUUGGUCAGAUUUUCAGUCUGCGGCUUUCCAGGUGAAAUUUAAUUGUAUCCAAUAUGCUGUGACUUUUAAUACAAUAACAUGUUAUGCCAUGGUCAGGAAUUUGCUGCAAUUCCGAUGAUAAAUGGGGUUAUGUAAUAAAGCUUUACCAUUCUGUCCCUGUCCCUUAAAAUUGAGAGGCAUAAUUAAGAAAUUUUGAAGCUUAGCUAUAGACAAGGCUUUACACAAUCAUUUUUUUUUCUCGAUAAUAACUUUAAAGACUACCCUUCAGCACAGUACUGUAUUUGCCAACGUGGAUCGGAGAACAAGUUUGUAAAUCCGGUGGGAGCAAAUGAUCUUGGGAGUGGUGAGGGUAGAGCCACAUGGGAGUGGCGUGGGACGGCGGGCAGAGGAGGAAUGCCAGAGGCGCAGGGUGACAUGGGUGCAGACACGUCCAGCCCCAAGACACCAGGCAAGGUCAUUUGAUUUCCAAACAAUUGGUUAAUUGAUCGUGGCAGAAUGUCUCUGGUGCUUCCUGCUCCCUUCCCCUUUUCCUGAACAUGAUUCUCUUCCCUGCCCCCUUCCCACUCUCAGGCCACAAUACAGCCCCAUAUCAGAAUUAGAUUUAUCAUCACUCGCACGUCAUGAAUUCUGUGUUUUUUUUGUUUGCGACUGCAGCACAGCGCAAUACACAAAAUUUACUAGAGUAUAGUGCAAAAAAGUCUUAGGCAGCCAACUCUAUACAUAAUGACUAAGAUUCUUGCACAGUACUGUAUUUGUUGCUUGUACAUUAAAACAUACAGAGAAAUGCAUCAUUUCAACUAUCCAUAGAUGCUUGAUACAGCUGCUUAUUAUGGAGAAGCAAUUUAAAUUUCUGGCAGAAGUAUAUUUGUCUCCAGCAUAAUGGGAUUGCAAAGUACAGUAUCUGUGCAUUCCCCCGAACCUCUUGCAGCCAAAGUUGUCCUAAUGGUUUUGGGUUCUGAAAGCAUUUCACUCAUAAAUAGCACUGAAGUCAUCAUAAUAAUUGUUAAUCACAAACUUGUACUUCGGACAUUCAUUCUAGUAUUUGAAUUUUCCCGGUGGAAUUCCUGAUAGGAUGAGGUGGGCACCUAUUAUAGUUCAAUUUGUUCUGUAUGUCUGACUUGAAAAGGAUAAAAAGCCACUGUUGCAAUUAAUUCUCUGGUUUUCCAAUAAAGUGUAGUUAGGUUAAAAUAGUUCUCAAGUUUCUUUUUGCCCUUCAUUAAUUAUCCUUAAAGGGGUAGAUUGCAUCUUUUGAGCGACUGCAUAAAUUGGCGUUUGCCAGGAUUUGGACUCUGGUUUUGAUUGGCUACCCAAGUCCAAGCAGGAAAGCCACUCGAUUACUAGCCCAUAGUCAGUUGCGUUUUCCUCCGACCCACUAGCUGGAGCAAAUAUGAAUCAGGUCACUAGAGACAGUUGCCAAAUUGACAGUAGUACUGUCAUACUGUGCCUCUGGAGGUUUUGAUGGGGAAAGUGUUGAUUACCUCGGUUCACUACGGCUUUUGUAUCACUGUGCCACUGCUGUAAUUUAAACCUGUUAUUUAAUGGUGCAUGUUCUGGAGAGCCAUGCUCUUAAUUUACAGUGGGUCAUUAGGAUCUAAAAUUGUCAAAGGUAUUAUGUUUAUCAUUGACAUUUUUACCAUGUUAAUCUGCGGUGAAAAUGAAGGUUGUUAGUUAGUGUACAGAGGUGAAUUUAUUUAAUAACAUUCUAGGAAAGGAUUUAAUUUUUUUAAAUGACAUUGUUUAUGUACAAGAGACAGUAAUGAACUAUCCUGUUUAAGAAAAUAUAAAAGAUCUUGAAGUUAGACUUACUAGAAUUAUUUUGUAUAUAUUAUAUCAGGUGUGUUUAUUCUACCAUUUUCCAACUUGGACUCAUAGAAAACACGACAGCUUGUUCCCUAAUCUUCAGUCUGUUCACCCAUCAACCCUGUAUUCAGUAUGCUGUACGGAUUUCCUGUUCCAUAGUACAUUGCCUCAAUAAGUGCUAACCUUACCAGUGACGCAGACAUCUCAAAACCCUGCCUCAACUUCUUGCCCCUGGCCUCGAACUUCCCCCAGCCCCAUCUUCAAAAUCUUACCAUCUGAGAUGCUCAAUUGGUAGUUGCUGCCAUAUUGCUGGCUGUGCUCUCACCUACCUAGUCCUGAGCUCUGGAAUUUCCCCUCUGGCCCUUGCCAGUUCACCUUCUAUAAGAUAUUCCUCUUUUUUAAAAAAAAACUUUUACUAGGCUUUGAUCACUUGCCUUAAAAUUUCAUGUUAACUUUGUCAAAUUGUGCUUGAUGACACCCCUCUAUUGCCUUAAAGGUUCAUCAUAAAUGCAAGCACAAUUCCAAACAAAAGGAUAAACCAGUGAUUGAUCUUUGAUCGCAUCAGUAUUUGUUUUUAUACUAGUGCGUUCUUCAGUGAACAGCUGCAGGUCACAUCCAAUGGCAGAAUUGCUUUUCUCAGUCUAUCAGUGCAUUCUCUCAAGUGUUCGCUUAGACAGCAGCUCGAAAGCCUAAACCUAGUGGGGGAGAUGAUCAGGGACUGCAUUCGAGUUCUCUUGGCCUUUGUGUUUAUGUAUUGUUUCUUUUAAGAACAGACUUGCACUGAUAAAGUAUUGUUCCAUGACAUCUCACAGUUCUUUUCAGAACCUCCUGUUGAUCACUGUUGUCAUGUUGGGAACAUGGUGCUUAAUGUGAUCCAAUCUGCAACAGAAAAAAAAUGAUUGGAUAAGUUGGUUGAGGAUUGUUGACUCUAGCCCACCUGAUGGGGGACACCUUGUUUAACGUCUCUGAAAGAUGGCACUGCUGUCACUUCUCCUCUGUAGUACUAAUGAGAGGUCUGGCUGAAUUUAGUGUUUGAUCCUAUCCUGUAUUCUGUUCUGGUUGCUUUGAGUCCAUCAAGUUUUGAUCAGGAAGCCUUGUAUGUAACUUGUUUUCGGAUACUGACUGUGUAAAUUUAUCUUGCCCCAAGGAU